AAACCCAUAUAGAAAAUACUCAAUUACAAGCAGACCUUUCAAAUUUACAAUUUCAAUUUUUAGUUCAAGAAGAUGAUAAUUUAUCUUUAUCUGAAACAUCUGAAAUUUUAGAAAUUACAGAAGAUAAUCUUUUAGAAAAUGAGGUUUGGACUAAAGAAGAGCUUUUAAAAUUUAAAAAAUUAUAUUAUAAAGAAAAAGAUAUUAUUGAAAAACAAGAUGAUGAUAGUCAAAAUUUAGAAAAUGAAAUAAAUUUAUUACAAAAUGAUGAUUUUAAAAAUCUUUUGAAAAAAAUUGUU